UAUUAAAUAUGUCUGAAGACAAAGAUAUUACUCCCAACAAUAAAGAAUUUGUUGUGCUCUCUGUUGAAGGGUACCAAAAGCUGGCAGGAAUAGAUACCUCCACGGGCAAAGACUUAUAUUGGACCACUGAUAUGGACACUGAGAUCCCGAUUAAGAUGAAGUUACAGAAGAAUAAUGGUCAUGACUUGUUGAUCCCCAAGACUAUUCCACAGUUAUUCUUGGAUAAUGCCAAAAACUAUACUGAUUGGCCUUCCGUCCAUGCUGAGACCAAGAAAGGAAAAUGGACAUUCUGGACCUGGGGAGAAUGCUGGAAUACUAGUUUCAAAUUCGCUAGAGCUACUGUUGCUGCUGGAAUCUCUCCAAGAUCAUGUGUCAACAUCAUUGGCUUCAAUUGCCAAGAAUGGUUCUGGAUAUUCCAUGGAACAAUUAUGGCUGACUGUAUUGCAGCAGGAGUCUACACGACAAAUAAUCCUGAAGCUUGCCAAUAUGUAGCUGAGCAUAGCUCAUGUGAACUGAUUUGUGUUGAAGACGAGAUCCAGUUGGAGAAAUACCUUCAGAUCUUACCAACCCUUCCUCUUGUAAAGAAAAUUGUAAACUGGGGAGUAGAUAGGUAUGAAACAAGACCACAUGAAUGUGUAAUGGGAUGGCAAGAGUUCUUAGAGCUUGCAGAUCAAGAUUCUAACUCUUCAGAUACAGUCAAGGAAAGAAUUGAGAACCAAGUUCCUGGAAAAUGCUGCAGUAUCGUCUACACCAGUGGUACUACAGGAAAUCCAAAAGGAGUGAUGCUUACUCACGAUAAUUUACAUUUUGCUAUAGAAGAGCUUAUUAGAAAUUUUGCAAAGACUGGAAUCGAAGACGGUAGAGAAAGGCUUGUCUCAUAUCUUCCACUUUCCCACUCAGCAGCCCAAGUUACUGAUAUCCUUAACAACUUGUUCAUAAGAGCUCAGAUUUAUUUUGCUAGACCAGAUGCUCUCCAAGGAACUCUAGUUGAUACUUUGAUUUAUGCCAAGCCAACUAUUUUCAUGGGAGUCCCAAGAGUUUGGGAGAAAAUGGAGGAAAGACUGAAGGAAAUUGGUGCUCAAUCUCCCGGAAUAGUUCAAAAAAUCAGUACUUGGGCUAAAGGUAAAGGAACUCUUCACUCUGAUUCCAAAAUGCAUGGUACUCCAAAGCCAUUUGGAUACUCUUUGGCCCACUUUUUAAUUCUCGGAAGGAUCAAGAAGGCUUUGGGACUUGAUGAAUGCAAGUUCCAUAUUGUAACAGCUGCUCCUCUCAAGACUGCAACAAAGGACUAUUUCAAAUCGUUAGACAUGCCAAUGAUCAAUGUGUAUGGAAUGAGUGAAUGCAGUGGUCCUGCAACUAUUUCCAUCCCAGGAAAAUUCAAAGACAACACUGUUGGAUAUUCCCUCGAUGAAAAUGAUCUUAAGAUUGACAAAAGAGACAAAACUGAAGGAGGUGAAGAAGAUGAAGGAGAGAUCUGCUGGAGAGGAAGAAACAACUUUAUUGGAUACCUUAACAAUGCAGAAAAGACUAGAGAGACCUUAGAUGCUAAUGGCUAUAUCCACUCUGGAGAUAUUGGUACUAAAGACUCUGAAGGAUUUGUUAAAGUAACUGGAAGGAUUAAGGAACUUAUCAUCACUGCAGGAGGAGAAAAUGUUGCCCCAGUCCUUAUUGAGGACACCUUGAAAGAUAUCUGCCCAAUCAUCAGUAAUGUUAUGGUCAUUGGAGAUGACAAAAAGUUUUUAAGUGCUCUGGUCACUUUCAAAGUUGAAGUUGACAAUUCCAAGGGAUUAAAUACUCCAACUAAGCAACUUGCACCAAAUGUAUUGACCUUCUUGGCAGAUGAAUUAGAUAUCCAUGAUGUUAAGACUACUGAUGAAGCUAUCAACAACGAUAAGAUCAAGGCAUACAUCCAAUCCCAGAUUGAAGAGACUAACAAGAAGGCUAUUUCCAGAGCUCAACACAUCAGAAAGCACAUGUUCUUAGCUACCGAUUUUAGUAUGGAAGGAGGUGAGUUAACUCCAACUUUGAAGCUCAAGAGAAGCGUUGCAGUACAGAAAUACGCAGAUGUUAUUGCUAAAAUGUAUCCAGAGGAAGAACUUACCGCUAAAAUAUAG